CACGGCUAAAAUGAAUAGUCUUUCCUGGAUUGUUCUGAUCAUCGCUGGAAUUGCAAUGUGCUUGUCUCACAAAUACCGUCAAGAGGGUGCCCACAUUAAAUAUUACGAUCCACAGUACGUCAGUAACGCUCAGGCAUUCACUAGCCGGCAGAGGAGAGGGAAACCUUACACUACCAACAUUUCAGCCACUAUACUCCACACUUGGGGGAACAAUGUCUCGUUUGAAACAUCUUACAGAGUCAAGGGGUUUUCCACGCCAAUAGUUAUUACUUCAAGACUGUGUGACCUACCGAAGACAAAGUGGAUGUAUGACUUCCUGAAAACAUUUGCGAGGUUUGAUUUUACCUGCCCUUACAAACCUGGUUUCUACGGGGUCACUAACUUAGAGUUCCCGCCCAAGAACUUUCCGCUCCCGAUGCCCAAGGACGAUGUACAGAUCAACGCGACUUUUUACUUGACAGAGACGAAAAAAACGCUGAUGUUGAUGACUAUGUUGUCCACAAUCAUCCUGGAAAGAGUGGAGGUAUUCGAGCAGGAUCCUGCCGCCGUGCAAGCGGUCACCUUCACCUCCCGGGCCAAACGCAGGGACCCUUACAAGACCAACGCCACCGUGAGCAUCCUCCAAGAGAUGGGAAACAACGUCACGAUGAUAAUUUACUACAAGAAUUCCAAAACCACUCUCGAGCAAGUUUUCUUCACGACAGACCUCUGUGACGUGUUGAAAAUGCCCUGGAUGAUGAAACUCGUUACAAAGUACAGCGAUAUACCGGAAAAAUGUCCGUUGAUGCCACUGGACGUAGUCGUCCAUAAUUUUCUAGCGAAAACGGAGCUUUCCCAGAGAGAUAGAGGCGUUCGUUGUGACGAGAAGAUGGCUAUGGCGAUGGCGAUCAGAUAA